AUGCCUGGCUCGUGGCACCCGCCCGACCCGAGCCCGCCACCGACUGGCCUUUGUCGCCCUCGCCGCCGCCCGUCCCUCAUCACCGAUGCCGCCCCCGCGUCCACCCUCGCGCCCACGCCCUGUGCGCGUCCGCCACAACCGCCCGCCAUCCCUGUCGUGUCCACCAAGCGCUGCAGGGCCUGUGCCUCGAGGGGCGGCGACGACGGUGUACGCGACGGCACCCCGUCGGCCGACCUCGCUCCGCCUCGUCGUUGCAAACGCCGAGCAGGUCGGAUAAGCGCCGCGACCCCGCUUCGGGCCCUCGCCGCACUCGUCGCUGCCGCCACAGCACCCGCGACCACCUUCGCCAGCCCUGCCCCUCGGCCCCCGCCGCCGCCGCCGGUCGCCUCGCCCACCUCGCACCGCCCGCCGCCUUCCUCGGUCUCGCGACCGACGGACGUCGCGAUCGGCGAGCCCGGCGACCGCGCCGCGCCUCCCGCUCCAUCAGCGAGGUCCACGGGCGCACCGAGGCCGCGCCCGAGGGCUGUGCCGCCUCGGUACACGCUCAGCGACAGCCAGUGGGUCGAGGACUAUGGCUGGUCGCUCCUCGGCCGGGGCACGGCCCAGCCGAGCGCGACACUCGCCGCCGCAGCGCAAGGCGAGAGCGGCGACGAGGUGGACGGUGCGAGCGAGGUUAGCGGCGGCGGCGACGACGACGCGGCAGGGUACCGCACCACGCUCGCCUCGGCCCUCGCCGACAGCGCGCCGACCGCGACCGCCUCCCUCCCCGACUCGACCUCGCCCACCGCCACGUCCGACAGCUCGCUCGCCGCCGCCGAGAUGGCCGCCCAGCCGUCCGACUCGGCGUCGCUCGCCGCCGCCGCGAGCUCGAGCCCGACCCACGACGCCGUCAAAAUCCCCGACGGCUGGCAGGCCAAGUCGCGCGAGACCGACUACUACGCCGUGCCCAUCAUCAUCGCCAUGUCGGUCCUCGUCGCCGUCAUCGUCGUCGUCAGCAUCUUUGUCUCGGUCCUCAUGCGCCGCAAGAAGCGCCGCCGCGCAAAACGGCGCCACGGCAAGGCGGCCGCCGCCGCCGCCAAGGAGCUCGAGGGCGAGAAGGGUUGGAGGGGCAUGGUCGACUCGGCGCUGCACCCGGUGCGCACCGCGAGGGCCCAGAAGGGCAAGAAGCGGGCGCGCGAGAGUGCGGCGGCGGGAGGAGAAGGAGCAGGAGCAGGAGCGGCGACGCAGGGCGGCAGCGGCAGCGGCGGCAGCGCAGGAGCGUACCGCCGAGUGCGUGCGACUGCUGUCGCGGCGAGCGCCUCGCGGGCACGCACCCGGCGGCGGCGGCGGCGAGACGGCGACGACGAGGGCGACGAGGACGAGGCGACUGCCCUCACGCGCACCGACUCGCGCUCGACGACGUCGUCCGUCGCGCACGACACGCUCACGGCGCGCUUGUCGGCGCGCAUGCGCGGCGACCGGCCGUCGACGGGCUCGAGCGGCGGCAGCGGAGCAGCGGGGACGGGCGCCGCGACCGUCUUCUCGCGCGACGUCACGUCGAGGUCGCAGGUGUCGCUCACGGCGAGCGCCCUUAGUCGAGUGUCGUCGCGCGCGAGCAACCGCACGAGUCGCAGCGUCGCGGCGCCGUCGUCGCCCACGACGCCCGCACCGCCCGAGCUCCUCUUCACGCCCGCCGACGACCCGACCCUGCCCAACCACCUCCCCAUCCCCGGCUCGUCCGCCCCAUCCGUCUCGUCGCCCCUCGCGCGAGAGCGCUCGGCCUCGGCGCCUGCGCCCAUCCUGCCGCCGGCCGUAUCGUCCUUUGGCGCCCUCAUCACGACCGACGCGCUCCCUGCGCCCGGCCCGCCAGCGUAUCGCCCGAGCUCGAGCACAGUCCAGAACACGCGCCGGUACGGUGCCGGCGACGUCGCAGCUCCGCCGUCGUCGCCGUCGCUGUCGCCUUCCGCAGGCGUCGUCGCCGAGCGACCUCGCGCGAGGCGCGUGUUCGGCCGGCGGCGCGUGUCGCACUCGGGCACGACGGCGGGAGAAGGCGACGAUGGCGAUGCGGGCGAGGGCGAGUGGCACUGGCCCGGCGAGAAGGGGCGCCCGUUCGCCGGCGAGGUCCCGCACGCCGCCGUCGCAGGGCCGUCCUCGCCCCAGCCGCCGCCACUUGACGGCGACUCGGCGGAGCCUGACCUCGACGGCGACCACGUCGACGAGGCGCAUCCGCCUGUCGACCGCGCCCUGUUCUCGGCGCACGUCGCGACCGACGACAAGGCCGUCCUCGCCCGCCUGCGGGCACAGCGCGACGCUCGCGCAGACGUCAGCGACGACGACGACGACGCUCUUGCGAGCUCGUCGGCAGGCCUCAACGGGCCUGUGCCUGCGCCGAGCGCGCCGGUCGUCGACGAGGACGACGAUCCGGAGGUCGACGAGGACGGGUUCGAGCGGUACGACGCCGGCCCGUCCGCGUCUGCCUCGUCGGCGGAUGUGCCCUCGACGACCCCGGCUCGUGCAUGGCCGGCGGCGAGCACGUCGUUCCUGCCCACACCGCCCAAGCCGAUCCAGCAGUCGUCGUUCGCCUACUCGACCGCGUCCGCCGCCGCGCCUUCCUCCCCUCUUCUCGCCUCGCGCUCGACGACGCCCGCGCCCUCGCCCGGCCCGAGCAAGGCCGCCCUCGCAGCCGAGUACGGCGCCGCCGAGGCCGACGAGGACGUCGACGCCCUGCCGCAGUACCUCGCCGGCGGGAGUGCCGGGCGCGAGGCGCUCGGGCUCGCGAGUGCGCCGCUCGGCAGCGGUGACGAGGAGGACGACGAGGCGAGCGGCGACGAGCUCGAGGACGCCGAGGCGGGCGUCGCUCGACGAGCAGGGUGGAGGAACGAGGGCGAGCGCGAGGAGGAAGGGGUGGUGUGAGCGCCUCGGCGGCUCGUCUCGGAAGGGUCGCAUCUCUCCCAGUGUCGUAUUCUCUGUCUUGUUGUACGUCUUCACUCCUUGCGUAGUACUCCCCUUUCGUGCGCCCUGUCUGCAACCAUUUCGUCGACUCUG